AUGAAUUUGGAAAUCAUCACAGGGAUGUAUUUUUACAUGCUCAUCAUGGCAAUACUAAUAUAUUUAGGGAUGAGAUGGGAAGUUCACAAAAAUAAAUACAAGAAUUUUUACAGUCUACCAUCACCAACACCAAAUUUCCCAAUAUUUGGAAACAUUAUUCUAUUUAAAAAACUAAAAUACAAUAUAGUUAAAAUAUUUGAAUAUGCAAUGGAAAAAGUUGGCAGCCCUUGUUUAUUGUACAUGCCACACCGAGCUUACUUGACUUCUUCCCCAGAGGAAUUUAAGAUUAUUUUAAAUCAUCCAGACGCUUUGGAAAAGGGGGCUUUUUAUAAAGUUUUUAAUAAGACUUUUGGGGAAACAUUACUUUUGGAAUCAGUUCACCCAUGGAAAACCAAUAGGAAACUUUUGUCCAAAGGGUUUAAUCAAAAAGUACUUAACAACUUUGUGGCAACAUUUUACAAUUGUAGCAACCGCCUAGUUAAUAAAUUAAAAAAUAAUGAUGAUAAGGAUCUCGCCUAUUUAUUGCAUAGAUACACGUGGGACAAUUUUACAGAAAACUUUUUCGAGUGUAAAAUGAACAGUUUGGAUGACGAGACGAAUGAGUUUGUCGAUAUGAUUCUUAAAGGACAAACCACUAUGGGAAGCAGAAUUGGAAACAUAAUAAAAAUGAACGAUUUUCUUUAUAAUUUUACAGAAGAUGGAAAAUAUCUUGAUAGGAUAAUGAAGAGAGCUUUCGCAUUUAUUCAAGGCGUAGUCUCCAAGAAAAGACUAGAGUGGUCUCAAGAAAUUGAUGAAGAAGUUUUUAGCAAAGAGUUAAAAAGAUUGCCUUUAUUAAAAUUGUUGAUUUCUAAGGAAGAAAUCCCUGAUAAAUAUAUUAGGGAAGAAAUGGUUUUGUUUGCAGCUGCUGCAACUGACACUACAGCUUACUCCAUUGCUUACACAUGCAUUUUACUAGCAUUGCAUCCCGAUAUACAGGAAAAAGUAUAUAAAGAAGUUAUAAAUAUAGUGGGCAAAGACAGGGAGAUCGACUUUACAGAUUUGCCUUUACUAAAAUACACAGAAAUGGCGAUAAAUGAAGCCCUUAGAUUGCUUCCAGUUAUACCUAUGAUUGGUAGAAAAUCAACUGCUGAUAUAGAUUUAGGCACAAGAGUCAUCCCCGCCAACACAGACAUCAUAUGCUUCAUUUAUGGUACCCAUAGAAACAAAAAAUACUGGCGAGACCCAAAAAAAUAUAAUCCCGAUAGAUUUUUGCCUGAAGAGGUCGCCAAAAGGCCUCAAUGCGCUUUUAUACCGUUCUCAGGUGGACCAAGAAACUGCAUAGGUUGGAAGUACGCUAUGAUAGCAAUGCAAACAACCAUUUCGAAUAUUGUUAGACAUUUCCAUAUAACUACGAACUAUAAGUCUAUUGAUGAUAUGGAUUUUGAGUCAAGUAUUGCUAUGAGCCCCACGCAUCCCCUAGACUGUCAUUUUAAAAUAAGAAAAUAA